AUGUCGUACAAUCAACCUUGUGACACGUUCUUCGUGGAGGAUAAUACUUUCCAACAACAGCAGCAACAGCAACCUCGACCAAACUCUCAAGAAUAUAUCAAGAUGAUGGGUCGACGGAGGCAGGAAGCCAUGGCCAAUGAAUUAUCUAGACAAGCUUGCGAUGCUUAUAUGGAUGAUAUCAUUGAUCACAUGGCAUCGAUGGAGGUCAAUUAUUCUGCAUUCUACUGGCUAUAUUGCUCGCGACGUGUUGUCUACAAGAGACAUUAUCAAUUGGUUGGAUGUGCUGCACUUCUCAUCGCUGCCAAGUAUGGAGACAAAAAGGAACGCGUCCCCAUGAUCAGAGAACUAAAGUCGAUGGGCUGCUCGUUAUACGACGAGGAGAUGUUCACACAAAUGGAAUGGCACGUCUUGAACACCUUGGAAUGGAUGAUUGGUCACCCUACCGUUGAUAGCUGGUUGCAAUUGGCCUUGUUGGAAGGACCUGAAUAUGAAGACAUGACCGUCGAGCACAUGUCAUGGUACAUCUGUGAAAUGGCUUUAUAUCACAAAGAAUUCGUCUCAGUUAAACCUUCAGCAAUGGCUCGUGCAUCUUUAGCACUUUCGAGAGAUAUCCUUGGAUGCCCCGAGAUGGAUACCUAUGGACAGGUCGAUUCGGAAUUGAUGCUCAGUCUUUCUCGACAACUCAACCAACCAUCUUCCGUCCUUGCGAGGAAAUAUGCUGCCCCACACCUGUCUAGAGUCUCUGAAGUGCUUCGACGAUUCCUUCUCCAACAAGCAGCUAUGAGCCAAUGCCAUGUCACCCCACCAACUCCACCUGCUGAGCCAACCACUAACCAGAAGCCAAUGCAACAACACGAUGUGUAUAGCACCCCACAGAAGGUGUAUGGACAACAUGUCAUCAAUGGUUACCUCACGCCACCAAUCACCCCAGAAGGAGAAUAUUUUGGUACAGGGAAUGGAAAUGAAAUCAAACCGUAUCAAACUUCAGCACCUAGAUGUCCGAUUACCCCAACUCCUCAAGCUCAGAUGCAAUAUAAUCAAUCACAACAAUAUCAGCAACAACCAUAUCAACAAGAUGUCGUCAUGCAAUAA